UGUUUUGUUGGGAAAAUUAUAAAGGAGCUUCACUGGUCCAUUUAUUUAUUGAGUGAAUGAAUUGAGGUCAAAACAGUCAUUAGCAUCACAUCACGGGGAACAUUGAUUUCGUAGGUCCCUAAGAACAUCGUGGGGGAAGCUAAAAUGUUCUUCAAAGGCCAUUUUAUAAUCCCAAAAAUACCCAUAUGAGGAGCACGUGUUCUGUUAUCUAGUAUUUUGGGAAAACAUUUCAUGAGCCCAACAAAUAAAAACAAUGUGCAACUUUAACCUUGUUAGAUGUUGAAUCAAAAACACAAAGAUCAAAACUUUUUAAGUUAUUAUCUAAAGUAAAAAUCAUGAUAGGCUAAAUCUGAGAUCAUUAUUUAACAAAAUCCAGUUCUGGUUUCAAUCAAUAUUCUGAAAAUCUCAUCCUAUCCCGAGGAACAAAAAAGAAGACGACAUCCCAUCUACCAAAAGGAACAAAAAAGAUAAAAGAGGAAAAAAAAGAGCCUUUUCUUAUUGAAGAUUCUUGCUGCUGCAUUGAUUUGGCGAUUAAGAGACGGGUUUAUGGAAAUAGGUUGUCUUGUUUUUUUCAUAAUAAUUGACUGAAGCCAACCAUGAAGUAUUUUCGAUGCUCAUCGAUGGUAAAAUCAUGAAGAACUUGUUCUACUCAAAGAAACUUUUAUGAUAGGUGAUUUUGUUGGGUGUAUAUUAUUUUGGCUCUAAUUGGGUGUCAAAGAUUCAAUAUUGCACUGAUGAGUUCCGGAUUUCAGUUAUGGUACAACUACAAUGCAGAUGUUUAUGAUUAAAAGUAGAGGUAAUUAUUAUGGGGAAGUUCCUCAUUGGAUUUGUAUUGCCUCAGCUUCUUUUGACAGCUGCUUUGCUGAAUCGGAGUUUGAUAUCUCUGGUUGAUCUGUUAGCCUUUCUCCUCAUUCAAUAUGCAGCUCCCGAAAUAGGUUUUCAGUUCCCAAGGCAAUCUCUCUUAUCAUGGUACACACUUAUCUUUUCGUCACUAACUAUUCUAUCACAUGCCAUAUUUUACAUUGUUUGGGUUGUGAAAGGAGACCAGUGGAGCAUUUCUGAUGCUCAAUGGGCAAAGCUAAUCGGUUUUGUAAGAGAUCAGUCUUCGAGCUUUCCAUCUUUAAUUUAUUUCUUGAUGGUACAAGUACUAGCAGCUUUAGUUGCGUUACUUGAAAUAAGCGGCAGUAGGUUUGGCUUGGAUUCACAGAGUGAUUCAUUUUGGGGGCAUUUAUAUUCCUUUGUACUACAAAUAGGUUCCCAUCUCAGGGUUUUAUGCUGCUUAUUGUUGCCUGCUGUACAACUUGUUGUUGGAAUUAGUCAUCCCUCUUGGGCAUCUUUACCAUUUUUUAUUUGUAGUAGUAUUGGACUUGUUGAUUGGUCCUUAACAAGCAACUUUCUUGGCCUUUUCAGAUCUUGGCGGUACCUUUUGUUGUAUACUGGCUUGAACAUUGUCUUGCUCUACAUAUACCAACUCCCUGUCGAGUAUUCUGGGAUCUUUAAGUGGCUAGCUGAUUUUAUUGGAAUCUAUAAGAUAUCUGCUAAAUCGGAGUGGUCAGAAAUUUGUUCUGGUCUUUCUCUUAUAGUCUUUUACAUCAUUCUAUCUUGGAUUAGAUGUGAUCUUAUGGAAAUGGAUUUCAUCAUGUCGGCAAGAGCAAGCAGCUUGACUAGGCAACUUCUUCCUUCAAAGCAUUCAUUCUUUAUUCGUGAAUCAAGAUCCGGUGUUAGGCACACUAAUAUUUUGUUAAGAGGACCAAUCUUACGGACUUUCGGCAUUAACUAUUUUACUUAUGGUUUUCCGAUUUCCUUGCUUGCUCUUUCAUUUUGGAGUUUCCACUUUGCAAGUCUCUAUGCAUUUGGACUUCUUGCUUAUGUUGGCUAUAUUCUGUAUGUCUUCCCCUCAAUGUAUCACUUGCAUCGAUUGAAUGGCUUGCUUCUUGUUUUGAUUCUCUUGUGGGCUGUUAGCACGUACAUCUUCAACAUAGCUUUCACGGUCCUUAAUAAGGAGAAAUGGCAGGACAUGGAGAUUUGGGAAACAAUUGGGCUAUGGCACUACCCUAUCCCCGGAUUUUAUCUAUUGGCACAAUUUAGCCUCGGGGUUCUUGUUGCAUUGAGUAAUCUUGUUAACAAUUCCGUUUUCCUGUACUUGUCUGACAGAGAUGGGCCAUCUUCUAGUGAUGAUUCCUCUUUAGAUGACACAGAGGAAACAAAAGUACUGAUUGUAGCUACAAUAGUAUACGGACUGCGCAAAAGUUCUCGGGCUAUGGUGCUGUUGCUAUUGUUCCUUAUUGCGUUAAACCCUGGUCUCAUCCCUGCCUUAUACAUGGCUUUUUUCUUGAUAUUUCUAUUAAGCCACCAUGUAGGUACAAAAAUACGGCAAUGCUUAAUUCUGUUAUGUGAGGCACAUUUCACACUGUUAUAUCUUCUUCAGCUUAAUCUAAUAUCUUCUACCUUGAUGAAAAAAGGCUCGAUUGCUGAGAAAAUUCUUUCACAACUAGGUUCAUUUAAUCAUGCUAAGUCUGGGGACUUCCUGAAGAUAGCUGUGCUUGCUUGCUUUUCUGCCAUUCAUAAUCAUGGGUUUGAAAUGUUGCUCUCAUUUUCAGCAAUUGUUCAACACACUCCUUGCCCUCCAAUAGGGUUUACCAUCUUGAGAGCUGGUUUACUCAAGUCUGUUAUAUUGACGGUUUAUACCUCAAAAUCAAGAAACCCCCCUGAAAUUAACUUCUCUCAUGAGAGAAAAAUAGGAUCAUAUCUGAAUACUAUUGGCAAGACGUUUCUUUUGACAUACCGAUCAUGUGGAACUUACAUUGUCUUUCUCACGAUCCUUCUUACAGUUUAUAUAGUAACGCCUAACUAUUCUUCAUUUGGUUACCUAUUCUUCCUUCUAAUGUGGAUUACCGAAAGACAACUCGUAGGGAAGACAGUAAAGCGCCUUUGGCUACCGCUGAAAGUUUAUGCCAUUGCAGUGUUUGUGUUCAUUUACGGGUUAAGUGCGUUCUCUUGGCUUCAGGAAUGGUUGUCCAGAUUAGUUAAACUUUCUUCUGCCUUCGGGUAUAACCCAGAAGCUUCAAUGUUGAAAAAUAUUUGGGAGUCCUUAGCUGUAUUAGUUGUGUUGCAACUACAUCGUUACGAGAGGAGGCAAAGCAAAACCUUCGCACCGAGGGAUGGUGUGCCAGAAACUGAUGCUUUUACUUUUCUCAAGCGCCUUCUAAUUUGGCACAGUGAAAAGAUACUGUAUCUUACCAUAUUUUAUGCAUCUUUGUCACCGAUCAGUGCAUUUGGGUUUUCCUAUCUUUUCGGUUUAGUUAUUUGUGCGAUUUCAUUGAAAAACUCUCAGAUCCCUUCAAAACUCUUUCUGGUUUAUUCGGCAUCACUUGUGAUGAUUGAAUACCCUUUCCAGAUGUGGGGUUACCAGGCUGAGAUGUUCCCUGGUCAAAAACACCAUUCGGUUUCGUUUUUCCUCGGCUUGCAGGUGUAUGAACCCGGUUUCUUCGGUGUAGAAUCUGGCUUGAGAGGGAAGGUGCUAGUUAUUGUUGCGUGCAUUCUGCAGCACAGUGUCUCUCAGUGGUUUGAAAAGAUGCCGAGCAACUUUGAAAAUGAAGGAUGGUGGGAGGACUCUUGUGGUUUGUUUAUGUCAACUGAAAUAGCCUCAAAUGGUGACAUGAUUUUUACCAGAGGAAGAAAAUGUUUAGAUGCCAAUCCGCUGUUAAGAAAAAUGAAAAAGCCAAGAAGCUAUUCGUGCCCAUCUCUUAAGACUAUCAUUUUACGAGGUAUGAAUCCUGCAGGAGGCAGUGAAGGUAGAAACCAUACAAAUGGGCAUUUGCAGGAAAGUUCCAAAGAUAAUCAUAAAUGGAAGAGAAAGCAAAUUCAUAUGUUGAGAAAGGAGAGGCUGGAAAUGCAAAAGGCUAGUCUGAAAGUUUAUAUCAAGUUCUGGGUGGAGAAUAUGUUUAAUCUCUUCGGCCUCGAGAUAAACAUGAUCGCAUUGCUUCUUGCCAGCUUUUCUGUGCUGAAUGCUAUAUCUUUGCUCUACAUUGCAUCUCUUGCCGCUUGCAUUCUUUUACAUCGGGACGCCAUAAAUAAACUUUGGCUAAUAUUUGUUUUCUUGUUUGCUUCCAUUUUCACCCUCGAGUACAUGGCUUUUUUGUUGAAUCUGACUUCCUGGAUGCAUCUUUCCCCAACUAAGGCCAAAGCGCUUUGCAAUGACUGUUGGAGAAGCUCCCAUAUUCAUUUUGAUUACUGCAAGAAAUGCUGGCUAGGUUUCAUUGUAGAUGAACCCAGAAUGCUUAUCAGCUAUUACACAGUUUUCAUGUUUUCAUGUCUCAAACUUCAUGCGGAUCGCUUGUCGAGUCUCUCGGGGUUUCAGACAUAUAAAGAAAUGAUGUUUCACUCAAAACAAGUAUCCGGUCUGAGUGAUCUCUCGUUUGAAACAAAAGUCUUGUGGACAUUUCUUGACUACCUGAGGCUUUACAGUUAUUGUCACUUACUGGAUCUUGUGCUUGCUUUAAUUUUGAUCACUGGAACACUAGAGUAUGAUGUUCUUCACCUUGGAUACCUUGGAUUUGCUCUAGUUUUCUUCCGGAUUAGGCUUCAAAUUCUAAAGAAAAAGAAUAGCAUCUUCAAAUUCUUGCGGAUUUACAAUUUUGCUCUGAUUGUCCUUAGUCUUGCAUACCAGUCUCCUUUUGUAGGUGAUUUUUGUGAGGGGAAAUGUGAGAUGAUAGAUCGGAUUAGCAAAGUGAUCGGGUUGCAUAAAUACGGAUUUCAUGUUACAUCUAGAUUUGCACUUGUUGAGGUUAUAAUAUUCAUUCUGGUUUCACUUCAGUCAUACAUGUUUUCAUCCUUGGAAUUCGACUAUGUAUCGAAAUAUCUUGAAGCGGAACAGAUCAGUGCUUUAGUCCGUGAGCAGGAGAAGAGGGCUGCAUGGAAGACUGGACAUUUGCAACAUAUACGUAAAUCCGAGGAGCAAAAGCGCAUGCGUAAUCUACAAGUUGAAAAGAUCAAAUCAGAGAUGCUCAACUUGCUGAUCCAACUUCAUAGCUUGAGCACCACUAAUUGCGGUAGCACCUUUCCUGAAGGCAAAAUCAAAAGAAACAGGAACCUUUCGGUAAAUUCAAAUCCAUCUCAGACUACCCCCAAAAAACGGGAUGCUGAUUUAGAGAGAAAGGAUCUUAAUGGAAGAUUGGAUUUGUUAUCUAAUCAUGAUAUGAAUGGAUCUCCUACAAGUGAAAGAACUGUAGUUCUGUGUGAAGAGGACUCCAGACAGCAGUCAGUCAAUUCACUGUUCGAGAUUUAUGAACUACACGAGACAGUUAAUGGUAACAUGUAUUCCCAUACAAAGCCUCAAGAAAAAUACCAAUCCAAGAGAAGUCCACUAGCAUCAGCGGUACAACUGAUAGGUGAUGGAGUUUCACAGGUGCAGUCUCUUGGUAGUAUGGCAGUCAUGAAUCUCGCAAGCCUCUUAAACAUUGAACAUGAAAAACUGGAUUCAUACUAUCAUUCUUCAGAUGAUGAGGUAUAUUACAAGGUAGAGAAUCAUGAUUUUGGUGGUGAACAUAUUGAACGAACGCAUUCAAUGCUAUCUGAUAGUGAUAGGAACAUGUUUAAUGUUGCGCGCCGACAAAUCAAGAUCAUCUUCCACCAUAUUUGGGACCAAAUGAGAUCAAAUAACAAUGUUGUUUGCUACUGUUGCUUUAUUCUGAUUUUCCUAUGGAAUUUUAGCCUGCUUUCCAUGGUUUAUCUGGUUGGUCUCUUCUUGUAUGCUCUCUGUGUAAAUACCGGUCCGAGCCACAUGUUCUGGGUUAUUAUGCUAAUUUACACUGAGGUCUGUAUUUUGCUUCAAUACUUAUAUCAAAUCAUCAUUCAACAUUUUGGGAUGAUUUUCAAAGCCGGAUUGUUUCGGGAGUUGGGAUUUCCGGUGUGCAAGAACAUGUCAUCUUUUGUGAUCAGCCAUUGGCCUCUUUUUUUAGUGUAUUUGUUUACUCUCUUACAGUAUGCCAUAACUGCCAGCGACGGCGAAUGGACUGCAACAGCCGAGUUCAGCUUUACUAGAAAAAAUCACUACCAGGAAAUUGCUGCAUAUGAUUUUGGAUUCUUUAGGAGAUUAAAGGGACUGCUUUUACAUUUAAGAAACGUGAUGGAAGUGUUGAUUCGAAAUCUUUACAGGUACUGGAUAUCCUUAACACAGGAAUCCGAAACUCCUCCUUACUUUGUGCAGCUAUCUAUGGAAGUCAACUUACCACCAGGGGAUGGCAUUCAACCUGAGAUGAUUGAAUCGAAAAUGAACAAGUUGCUGAAGAUCAUGCAUGACAGAAGAUGCAGAGACAACCUCAACAUUUAUCCUGCAAGUAGAGUUCGAGUUCAAAGCAUUGAACGAAGUCCAGAAAAUGAUAACAUUGCCCUGGUUGUUUUUGAGGUGUUAUAUGCCUCCCCUUCAGGAGAUUCUUCCUUCAAAGAAGGGCAAAGGUCGUUAACCCCGUCUGCUGAUGUAACUAGUGAGAUUCUAGAAGCCUACCAUGCCGAUAUUUUUAGAGAAAUACGGUUCCCUUACACUAUACUUUCUGUAAUCGGUGGAGGUAAGAGAGAUAUAGACCUAUACGCCUAUGUAUUUUGUGCAGAUCUAGUUGUCUUCUUCUUGGUGGCAAUUUUCUACCAAUCUGUCAUAAAAAAUAACAGUGAGUUCCUUGAAGUUUAUCAGCAUGAAGAUCAAUUCCCAAAAGAGUUUGUGUUUAUCUUAAUGGUUAUCUUUUUCUUGAUAGUGCUGGAUCGCGUCAUUUACCUUUGUUCAUUUGCCACUGCGAAAGUUAUAUUCUAUCUUUUCACUCUUUUCCUCUUCACAUACUCUGUCACGAACUAUGCUUGGCAAAUGGAGCCUUCGGACAAACAUGCCGGAAAGUUUGCGCUUCGUGCUAUUUACCUCACGAAGCUGAUUUCCCUGGCUCUGCAGGCCAUACAAAUCCGAUUUGGGAUUCCAAAUGAAAGCAAUCUGUACAGGCAAUUCUUAACAAGUAGCAUUUCUCAAACUAAUUUCUUGGGUUUCCGAAUUUAUCGUGCUCUCCCUUUCCUUUAUGAACUUCGAUGUGUUCUUGAUUGGUCUUGCACAACUACAUCUUUAACCAUGUAUGAUUGGUUGAAGUUGGAAGAUAUCCAUGGAAGCUUGUUUCUUGUCAAAUGUGAUGCGGAUCUAAAUAGAGCUAAACACCAGCAAGGAAAAAAGCAGACAAAGCUAACUAAAUUUUGCAGUGGCAUUUGCUUAUUCUUCAUACUGAUUUGUGUCAUAUGGGCCCCUAUGCUGAUGUACAGCAGCGGUAACCCGACAAAUAUUGCAAACCCCAUAAGAGAAGCCAGUGUGCAGAUUGAUAUAAAGACGAGCAGCGGAAGGCUUACAUUGUUUGAGACCACUUUGUGCGAAAGGAUCUCAUGGAACAAAGUAAAACACGAACAUAUCGAUCUUGAUCCACAAGGCUACUUAGACAAUUAUAAUGAAGUGGACAUUCAACUGAUAUGUUGCCAACCUGAUGCAAGCAAAGUAUGGCUUGUUCCCCCAGUGGUCCAAGCCCGAUUUAUCGAUUCUCUCCAACAGAGCAUGGACAUUGUUUUCUCUUGGCAAUUCAGGAGAGAUAGACCGAAAGGGAAGGAAGUUGUGAAACAUCAAUUACUUGUUGCUGAUCAUGAUCUUCCUAAAUCUGCAGAAGUGAUGCAAGUUCUUAAUGGUACUGCUAAUAGUUUCAGAAUGUUUAACAUCUAUCCAAGAUAUUUCCGGGUUACUGGUUCUGGAGAUUUGCGGUUUCUUGAACAGUCGUUUUUACAGGUUAAAAAGGUUAGUGGGGAUCUUGUUCUCAAUCAUGGAAAUCCAGAAUGGUGGUCUUUUCAGGACAUUGAUGUAUCAGGUGGAACUGGAUGCUGUGAGUUUGCUGGACCAGUGGCCAUAAUUGUAUCCGAGGAAACACCUCAGGGCAUUCUUGGGGAUACAUUGAGCAAAUUUAGCAUUUGGGGUCUUUACAUUACUUUUGUGCUAGCUGUUGGCCGUUUCAUCAGACUACAAUGUUCUGAUCUCAGAAUGAGAAUACAAGUUGAGAACCUUCCUUCUUGUGACAGUUAUGUUGGUACAGGUUGCUUGCAAUCUGUGAGGACAUAUAUGCUGCAAGAGCUGAGGGUGAGCUUGAGGUUGAAGAGGUUCUUUACUGGACACUAGUCAGCAUUUAUCGAUCUCCACACAUGCUGCUCGAGUACACUAAGCCUGACUAAUUACGUACCAUCCUCACCAAUUCAACCCAAUUUUUAUUACAGUUGCGACUUUUUUUCAAGCAUUGUUCAGUGUUGAUUCUAAAAUAAGCUUCUCUUUUUUUUUUGGAUUGGGUGAAGGUAUUCAUUCAAAAGGCUGACUUAAUUAUCUUGAAAUAAAUUAUUGCAAGAUAAAAAGUAAAAUAUAUAUAUAUAUAGAAAUUUGAAUGGUCAACUUUACUAUUAGUCCUUGUAUCAUGCAUAAGUUUUGAGUUUAGUCCUUGUACUUUAA